AUGGCGCAACUACCUCUGGCCCAGCUUCAGCAGUUUCGUCCUGGAAAAUCGUUCUCCUUUCCAAAAAGAAAGUUUGGAACUAAAGGAGAUGAGAGGAGCUUUCGAGCGGACUGGUGCGAGCAGUUCAACUGGCUUCAUUAUGACGUUGGCAAGGAUGCAGCUUUUUGCUUCAUUUGUAUGCAAUGUGAACAGCAGAAGAAAUUCCUUGCAAGUACGAAGAGAGAGCCAGCUUUUCUCUCCAGAGGAUUUACGUACUGGAAGGAAGGGACGGCGGCCUUCCGGAAACAUGCAGCUAGCGACUUCCACCGCGAAGCUAUUGAGGCGUUGAUUGUUUUGCCGAGCUGUACAAGUGACGUUGGUGAGCUACAGAGUGCCCAACAUGCAGCAGAGAAAGAGAAGAACCGUAAAAUGUUCAUGCUCAUGUUGAGCAAUGUAAGGUUUCUUGCUCGUCAAGGCUUGGCGCUCCGAGGAGAUGGUGAUGAGACCAACAGCAAUUUUAUCCAGUUGAUUCACCUCCGAACGAAUGAAUGUACAGUUGUGGAUGUAAGUGCUUGGUUGGAGCGACGUGCCUAUAAAUACACGUCGCCAGAAGUCCAGGACGAGUGUCUACAGCUCAUGGCACUCAGUAUCUUGCGUCAGCUUAGCAAGUCGAUAGCAGACUGUCCUUGCUAUAGCAUCAUGGCUGACGAAUGUACCGACCUUUCCAACAAGGAACAGUUCACGAUCUGCCUGCGCUGGGUUGACCAUGAUCUCAUGGAGCAUGAAGACUUCAUUGGUCUGUACCAGGUGGACACCAUUGAUGCCAACACACUUUUCUCUGCUAUCAAGGACGUGCUGCUUCGCAUGAAUUUAAGUUGGAAGAAGUGCCGUGGACAAUGCUUCGACGGAGCUUCAAAUAUGAGCGGUGCCCGCAAUGGGGUAGCAAGCAAAGUCAUCGCAGAAGAGAGUCGCGCGCUAUACACACAUUGUUAUGGCCACGCUUUGAACCUUGCUGUGUCUGACACCAUCAAGAAAUCAAAGCUGUGCAAGGAUUCUCUUGACACAGCUUUUGAAAUCACUCGGCUGAUAAAGUUCUCACCGAAGAGAAAUGCAGCAUUCGAGAAAAUCCGCUCCAGCCAGAACGACGACAUACCAAGUCCAACUGGCAUCCGUACGUUCAGCCACACCAGAUGGACAGUGCGAGGUGAUGCUCUAGAAAGCAUUAUAACGAACUACACCACAUUGUUCCAGCUAUGGAAUGAGUGCCUGGAGUCCGCAGCUCGCCUGGACCCUGAUGUGAAGGCUCGCAUCAUUGGAGUGGACACGGUGAUGGGCGACUUCAAGUUCCUCUUCGGAUUGAAGUUAUCAGAGACGAUCUUGAAGAUCACCGACAACCUCAGCAAGGCACUUCAAGCCACAUCAAUGUCAGCAGCAGAAGCUCAGCAUGUGGCGUCUUUAACUGUGAAGACCUUGCAAGACAUGAGGUCUGAUCAAUCGUGGUCCAGCUUCUAUGCUCUCGUUACUGCACUGCAGGGAAAGCUGGAUGUUGAUGAGCCUGUACUUCCCCGUCGACGGAAGGUGCCCCGAAGGUUUGAGGAUGGCCAAGCUGCAGGUACACAUCCUGAGCGUGCUGAAGAUCUAUAUCGUGUGGCGUACUUUGAGGCUCUGGACCUUGCUGUGUCCAGUAUUCAGGAGAGGUUUGAUCAGCCGGGGUAUGCAAUGUACCGCAACCUCGAAGAGCUACUGCUUCAAGCUCUACGUGAUGACGACCACACAGCAGCAAUGCAGCAAGUGACAGGUCUCUACCACGAGCUGGAUGCAGGUGCUCUUACAGUUCAGCUCAAGGCCCUGGCAAGUCACUUUGCAAGCAUCUCAUCGGAAGUGAAGUUGUCUGUGUUGUCCAGCUACUACUCGUUAUGCCUGCUACAAAUGCAGUGA